GAUUAGUCCGCAUAUAUGAACUUACUGCGCUACCAAAUAAUUUUACUGGUGCAGUUUUUGUUAAUAUUAUAUGAUUUGUUUGCCAAUGCAUCCUCUGAAUUAUUUAGUCACAUUAAUGUUAAUCUUUCGGUUAUAUAUGUUGUUCAGGAUCUAUGUAUACUUUUCUGUAGUUUGAUUUUUUGCCUACUUCUGUCUAGCACGUUUGUUUUUCAAGCGGGUUAUAUAAAUCUUCUCUUGUCACAAUUCAAAGAUGCUAUACUCGUUACAUUGUGCUAUCUGAUUUUGAGUAUCUCAUUACAUUGCUGGGGAGCGAUAUCGAGAUGGAACGAUCCUGUUAAGAUGCCAUCUUCAGUCGGAUACCAAAUACUUUUUGCUUUUCAGAGGACAUGGUCAGUAUUAUACUACUUUUUUUACAAGAGAACAAUUUAUCGACUAGGAGAUUCUAGAUAUUAUGAAAACUGUGAAUGGAUAAAGAAACAAAUCGAAAGUAAUUCUUGAAGAUAAAAAAGAUCAUUAUUUAUAUUUGAAAAACUGCAUACUUCUGACUAUCUUUGUGUAGCAAACAACAUCUUAAAUAAAUG